AUGGCUUCCGGCCUAUGGAAUGAUUUGAAAGGCCAGGUGCCCAAAAUGAAAUCUACACAUUUACGAUCGCUGAUGCAGGAUCAGGCCCGCAACGACUCCAUGUUUGUCCAGAGCGGGCAAAUGGUUCUCGACUACUGUCGCCAAAAGGUCGACAGUGAGACAAUGUCCAAACUCUUCGAUCUCGCUGAGAAGGCUGGUGUCGAGCAGAGGAAGGCGAAGAUGUUUGCAGGUGAGCGCAUCAACCAGACCGAAGGCAGAGCAGUUCUUCACCCAGCACUUCGAGCGCCUCGCAGUUCGUCCAUCAAUUUGGAUGGACAGAAUGUGGUGCCAGAGGUCUGGAAAGUCUUGGAUGCCAUGAAGGGAUUCUCCGACAAGGUUCGCUCAGGAGAAUGGAAAGGCUUCACUGGAAAAGCAUUGACAGACGUGGUUUGUAUUGGGAUCGGGGGCUCUUACUUGGGCGUGGAGUUCGUCUACGAAGCUCUGAAAACAGAUCCGGAGGCAGCGGCAGGGGCUCAGGGUCGGAAGCUUCGCUUCCUGGCAAAUGUCGACCCUAUCGACGUCCAGCGUGCCUUGGAAGGGCUCAAUGCCGAGACGACCCUGGUCGUCAUCAUCUCGAAGACAUUUACAACAGCUGAGACGAUGCUUAAUGCCAAAACAGUCAAGGCAUGGCUCGUAAAGGAGCUUGGUAGCGCAGAUUGCGUCGCGAAACACGUCGUGGCAUGCUCCACUGCUCUCGACAAGACCCAGGCCUUCGGCAUUGACUCGAACAAUGUCUUUGGCUUCUGGGACUGGGUCGGCGGACGCUUCUCGGUUUGGAGCGCCGUGGGCGUCCUCGCCUUGUCGCUGCAGUAUGGAUUCGGCAUCGUCAACCAAUUCCUGGAAGGAGGGCAUGCAAUGGAUCAGCACUUCCAGAAGGCACCUGCCAAGGAAAACCUUCCACUUAUCAUUGGGCUACUGGACGUCUGGAACUGCAGCAUGAUGGGGCACGAGGGCGUUGCCAUUCUGCCGUACUGCCAGGCCCUUGUGCGUUUCGUGCCUCACAUCCAGCAGUUGGAUAUGGAAAGUAAUGGCAAACGCGUGCAGAUGGACGGGAGCGAGGUGCCGGUCGGAACCGGUGCUAUUAACUUCGGUGAGCCCGGCACCAACGGCCAGCACUCCUUCUACCAGCUGAUGCACCAGGGCCGAGUAAUCCCAUCUCACUUCAUUGGAUUCGCGGCAUCCCAGAACCCAGUCGAGCUGCCUGGCGAAGCGGUUUCCAAUCACGACGAGCUAAUGUCAAACUUCUUCGCCCAGCCAGAUGCACUGGCUCUGGGGAAGACGGCCGAAGAGCUGAAGGCCGACGGGAUCCCCGAGAAGCUCGUGGCGCACAAGACGUUCCCAGGGGACAGGCCGUCACUGUCCUUGCUGCUUCCGGUCUGCAAUGCACAUUGGCUGGGGCAGCUCUUGGCCCUCUACGAGCACCGCACUGCCGUGCAAGGCUGGUUGUGGGACAUUAACUCGUUCGAUCAGUGGGGUGUCGAACUCGGCAAGGUCUUGGCCAAGGAGGUACGCGGAUAUUUGAGCCAGGCGAGGAAAGGAUCGGCAGAUGAUUCCAAGUUUUUGACUCCAACCAAGAAGCUUCUGGCGAAGUACCUCGAAUAG